AUGGCGGCAGCAAAAUGGCUCCAGGCUAUGGAGAAGAUCUUCAGGGUGAUGAGAUGCCUUGAUACAUUGAAGUUGGCCUACUCUGUGUAUAUGCUAAAAGAGGAAGCUGAGGAUUGGGAGGCUAGGGAGCAGAUGCAGAAUGAGUACAACGAUCUAAAGCAAGAUUCGAUGUCAAUUGACCAAUACUUUGCUAAAUUCAACGAGUUGGUGAAAUACGCCAACUAUGGGCGAGCCCUACCCACUCCAGCUGAGAUGACCUCCAAGUUCCAAUGGGGUCUGAAUGAGAACAUGUCUCGGAAGAUAUCAAACUGUGACAUCCGAGAUUUUAGCAGAUUUGUGAAUCAGUGCCGAAAGGUAGAAGAAGUAUACAAGGGGUCCCAGACCAAGAAGCCCUCUGAGGCCCAAGCACCUAAUGCCAAUAAAGCAACGGGCUCAGGUUAUUGGAAGAACAAGAAGAUGAAAAGUAAAAAGCUGAGUGUGAAUAAUCCAUUCGACUUAUUCAAAAAGUCUGGAACUCAAAAGAAUUUUGUUGAUAGAGGACCUCCUCCCAAGUGUAAAGGAUGUGGAAAGGAGCAUAGAGGUCCGUGUGCUACGGGUGAGGUUAUUUGCUAUAAGUGUGGAAAGUCCGGCCACUACUCCAGGCAGUGUCCUCAGCAUGAAGUGAGGACUAUGGCAGUUCAAGCUACUGUUGUUUCUGUCUCGACUGUUCCACCUAUGAUAGAAUCUCAGACGAGUAAAGAAGAGCAUGCAGAUCACUUGAGAACGGUGUUGCAAAUUCUUAGAGAGAAACAGUUGUAUGCAAAGCCGUCUAAAUGUGAAUUUUGGCUUUCUCAAGUGCAAUUCAUGGGUCACGUCAUUUCUGCUGAUAGAGUGGCAGUUGAUCCAAGUAAGAUAGAGGCAGUUAUUGAUUGGGAGAGACCCAAGACUGUAACGGAAGUAAGGAGUUUUCUGGGUUUGGCCGGUUAUUAA